CGCGGCGGGGCGGGGCCAGAGCGGACGGCGCGCGGGGGCAGUUGACGGUGGCCAUGGCGGCGGCCGCACCGGGCCCAGCUCCGGCCGUUUGCUGCUCGGUGCAUUGGUUCCGCCGCGGGCUGCGUCUCCACGACAAUCCGGCGCUCCAUGAGGCGCUACGUGACGCCGCGUCCCUCCGUUGCAUCUAUAUCCUGGACCCCUGGUUCGCUGCUUCCUCUGCCGUGGGCAUCAACCGCUGGCGAUUUCUGCUGCAAUCUCUGGAAGAUCUGGACAACAGUUUAAGGAAGCUCAACUCUCGCUUGUUUGUUGUGCGAGGGCAGCCAACAGAUGUCUUCCCAAGACUCUUUAAAGAAUGGGGAGUCACUCGUCUCACCUUCGAAUAUGACUCGGAGCCGUUUGGUAAGGAGAGAGAUGCAGCUAUCAUCAAACUGGCCAAGGAGGCUGGUGUGGAGGUGGUGAUAGAGAACUCCCACACCCUCUAUGACCUGGACAGAAUAAUUGAGCUGAAUGGCCACAAGCCACCCCUCACCUACAAGCGCUUCCAGGCCAUCAUCAGCCGCAUGGAGCUCCCAAAGAAGCCAGUGAGCACCAUAAUGAGCCAGCAGAUGGAGGCUUGUAAAGUGGACAUCCAGGAGAACCACGAUGACGUGUAUGGGGUCCCAUCCCUGGAAGAGCUGGGCAUGGCUUCAAAUCUUACCAAGUUCUUUCCCUCAGGCUUUCCUACGGAUGGCCUUGCCCCUGCAGUUUGGCAAGGAGGGGAGACGGAAGCCUUGGCACGGCUGGAUAAACACUUGGAAAGAAAGGCGUGGGUUGCAAAUUAUGAAAGACCACGGAUGAAUGCCAAUUCAUUGCUGGCCAGCCCUACAGGACUCAGUCCCUACCUGCGUUUUGGCUGCUUAUCCUGCCGCUUGUUUUAUUAUCGUCUCUGGGAGCUCUAUAAGAAGGUGAAGCGGAACAGCACGCCUCCCCUCUCUCUGUAUGGACAGCUUCUGUGGCGGGAGUUUUUCUACACAGCGGCCACAAACAACCCAAAGUUUGAUCGCAUGGAGGGGAACCCCAUCUGCAUCCAAAUCCCUUGGGACAGGAACCCUGAAGCCUUGGCAAAGUGGGCAGAGGGCAAGACAGGCUUCCCUUGGAUCGAUGCAAUCAUGACCCAACUGAGGCAGGAAGGAUGGAUCCACCAUCUGGCCAGGCACGCAGUGGCCUGCUUCCUGACCAGGGGCGACCUCUGGAUCAGCUGGGAGUCAGGAGUCAGGGUAUUUGAUGAACUGUUGCUGGAUGCAGAUUUCAGUGUAAAUGCAGGCAGCUGGAUGUGGCUUUCGUGCAGUGCAUUCUUCCAGCAGUUCUUCCACUGUUAUUGCCCUGUGGGCUUUGGACGUCGCACAGACCCCAGUGGUGACUAUGUGAAGAGGUAUCUGCCCAAACUAAAGGGCUUCCCCUCACGAUACAUUUAUGAACCAUGGAAUGCCCCAGAGUCUGUGCAGAAGGCCGCCAAGUGCAUCAUUGGGGUAGACUACCCCAAACCCAUGGUGAACCACGCAGAGACCAGCCGACUAAACAUCGAACGCAUGAAGCAAAUCUACCAGCAGCUGUCGCGCUACAGAGGGCUCUGUUUACUGGCAUCAGUCCCUUCCUGUGUGGAAGAUCUCAGUGGCCCAGUCACAGACUCAGCUUCAGGGCAGGGCUGCAGCACCAGUACAGCGAUGAGGCUGUCGCAAGCAGACCAGUCUUCUCCAAAGCGCAAACAUGAGGGAGCAGAAGAGCUGUGCACUGAAGAACUGUACAAGCGAGCCAGAGUGACAGAUCUCCCCACUGCAGAGAUCCCUGGCAAGAGUGUAUGAUUCCAGCGACAAGCACCUUGCAAGUGAAGAGUGAGAGUGCUGAAGAGGUGACCAGAGUGGGGACUUCUGCCACAGAGGGACUGGGACUUGUGAUCCGCAACAGAAAAUCAAGGGUCUCUCAUAAAUCUGUAAUUCCAGUAGGUGCCACUAAAGGGCACUGUGCUACUUGUGCUUAGGAAUAUUUGGCUUUCUGGUCUCCAAAGAGCCAAAUAUAUCUCUUCUCAGCCAUGCCCAAAAUUUGCCCACAUUUAAGAGGGAAAGGGCCUUCUAUCAGUUUGUUCACUCCUAGGUGUAUCUUUCUUUUCUGACAAUGGCUCAGUGCAUGUGACUUGAUGCAUUGAUGUAGGGAGCAGCAUCUGCACAUCAGAAAUAGUGAACAUAAUUUUUCAUCACUAAUACUAGGCGAUGAAGUGUGCUGAUUAAUUCAGAUUAUAGUAGGAGUUGAGAAGGAAACUGCUACACUGUCAAAAAUAGAGUACCCAUCCUACAGGAGAACAGGAAAUUCUCGGCCUUUCAUUAGGCUACUCUGAUGGGGAUACAAAUGCUGAAUCAAUCAAAGUGGUACUCAUGUGGGAUGGAAACGAAAUGAAGGACAACUGUAGCACAAGAACAAAGAGACACAAACUGUCUGUACACUUGAAAGGCAGUUAGAACUUUCCCUGCAGAAGAAUCUCACUGCUGCAAGGUGAGCGAGCCAUAGUGCUGUUACCUGGAAUGGGCAGCUUUGGAGGAGUUUGACAGCUGGGCGGGAGGGACUCUGAGAGAAGGAGGAAUGAUCAGAGAAUAACAUUAUGCCUUGAUAUGAGUAAAGCAGUCUCCCAGAAGCUUGCUGGUGCAAAUUAUAAGAUAGCUAUACCUGUGCCCUGCACUCUACAGCAUUUCCUUCACUGAGUGAAAGUUCUCUCGAAUGGAGAGACCAGUGCCUGGUGUGUAGCCUCAUACUGAUAGGGAUGUAUUACACAUCAGCUCCUUGAAGUGAGUCUUCCUCAGGCUUAGUUUGUUGUCCAUUGUGGAUGUUUGCUCUUUCCUGUACUGGCAUCUGUGGUUUGCAUUGCUACACGGUGUAUUCCUGUACCUCAUACCCUACACAUUGCUCCUUCUUGCUAUUUGCCUUCAUGCUGGUGCUUUGUAGUCUAGCAGGAUUAUUGUGUAGCUUUCCUGGCUCUUGACCAUAUACUCCUUGACCUGGUCCUGUUACAUGUCAUUUCAAGAUGGUGCUGGCAGAGAGCCUCUGCUUGCCUUUCCCCCUAAGAGGGCAAGGGAGGGCAGUACUGCAGGAGAGCCUCUCCUGGCCAUUUUCAAGAGGAAUUAAAUCAAGUAGCUAAUCCCGUGCAAUGGGCGGCUCUUUGCACCGUUUGCAUUUGCUGUUGUUUAAAGGCUUUCAUCCCUGCCUGGCACAGAUAGCAUGGGGCUGUGUGUGAGCUUAUGCACCUAACAGCUUUGGGAGCACAGGAGUUGUCUCCCACUCUGACUGGGAUAAUCAGAUUCAGUUUUGGAGCCCAGAUUUGAAUCCAGAGCAAUGGGGCUGCAAGUAGAAACUGACUCAAAUGCAUCUAGAAAACCUGGAGUUGUUGAAUGGGGGCUGUGAGUUAAUUUAUUGCAUAGUUGAAUAACCUUUCCUUUGCACUCCCCUGCCUGGGGCAUUGACCCUAGAUUCCUUUCCCCGAUGGAAUCCAUUGGGAAGACUGACCAAGUAAACAAGAGUAAAUUUUCCUGCCCUUACUUUCUUCUAAACUACUAUUCAUAGCGUCUGUGUGGUGGAUAACCCAGUAAUCAACAAGUUUUGUCUCCUUCAGUCUGGUAGAAGGUAGAGGGUAGAAAGGUGUAGAGACCCUCCCCCCUCACCUUCUGCUACAGAGAGAAGAAAUGGGAGAGACAUGCACUUUGUACACUUGGGUUAUAGAAAUUGUGAGUUCUGUCAUUUGGCGAGUUCAAUGCUUAGGCAACACUCUGUAAAUAUGACUUUUUUAUAUAUAUAUAAAUGUCUUAAACCCUC